AACACAUUUAUUAUUCUACUUUUAGAUUUCCCACAAAAGUGUCUGAGCUGUUGGUUUAUAGACUGUCAGGUUCGGAAUCAGAUAGACCUGGGUUCAGAUCCCAACUCCGUCACUUAACACCUGUGUGACGUGGGUCAGUUCAUUGACUUCUCUGAAUCUGAAUUUAUCCUUUGUAAAACGGGGGUUACAAUCGUUUGCCCCUCAUACGGUGAUGGGCCAAGCUGUCCAUCUGGUUAGGUGGGUGGAACCAAGACUCCAGCCAGGGUCAUCUGAGCCACAGCUUGGAGAGUAAGCCCUGUGCUGUGUGCGGCAAAGCCCGGCAGAGCUGGGGAGGCCUUAUCACGGCUGCAAAGGAUUGUGCCGAGUGGAAAGUCUGCAGGUGCAGGGUGGGUAAGGCUUAGGCAUGCACCAUCUGGCCUGAGGCCGAAAAGCCAGUGUGGCUGCUCAGGGCACUCUCCCUCUGCCCAGGGUGCCACCAGCAACAGCUGAGCUGCAGCCACAGCCCAGCCCAGGUUCUGUGGCUCUCCUGGCAUGGUGCCUGCUGCUUCUCAUCCUCCCCAACCAAAAGUCUGAGGUGCUCCUCCAAGGGGAGGAAGCACUUCCCUCAGGUGGGAGCGGGUGGAGGCUGGUCGGCUUGACCCUGCCAGCCCCUGCAGUGCCAGCUCUUCCACCCCUUCCCAUCUUCUUGGCCUCAACGUGCCCACUGGGCUAUGAGGCAGCCCUUCGCCCCUCUGGGUCCUCAUGAAGAAGCAUUUCAGGGUCUCUGGCAGGUAGCUGCAAGGCUUACUUGGGGUGGGGUGUGAAAGACACACAGGCUGACGGAGCCCCAGGUCAUGUUCAUGCCUGCUGCAGGCUUCCUCACAGCCAGGAGCUGGGGGAUCAGUGCAGGGCUUCCUCUGGGUAGUCCUUAUGGAGAGGCGAAGGAGCCAGCCACAGUUUCUCCCUGGCCAGGACUGACUGUCAGGCCACUCAUUACCAAGACAGGUGGAGACCCUGGCAGACAGGGGUGUUUUGGGGGAAAGGAGCAGGCUGAGUCCAGGGCCAUGAGGACAUGGUGAGGGGAACAGAGGGGAGGGGCUCAGUCUGCCCUCCCUUCCUGGGUACUGAAAGUCUCCAUAACACACCCCAAGGCAGCAUGUUUAAAACUAAACCCUAGCUCUUCUUUCACCUUGGCUCAGCUCCCUCCUCCUCCCUCAUUUCCCUCCUCCAGCUGUCCAGCACUGUCCCUGCCUGCUUCUCUCUCCCUGCUGUCGCUGAACCCUGGCGUUCUUCCCUUUGGAAGACCCUACUACGUUACCCCUGCAGCCUCCAUCUGCCUUGCUCCCCAUCCUCAGUCCUCUGGCAAGUACUCUCUGCUCAUAACUCGUUUUUUCUGUCCUCCACUCAGAGGUCAGAUGCGUGGCCCUAGACCGCCAACUUCAUUAAAGUCCCUGCUUCCACCCGCCCAUCGGAAGAUGGCUGUAGCUCCCCACUGAUUUCAGGCCGCCGGGGCGCUGGCAGCAUGGAGCUGAAGAGAGGAAAGACCUUCAUCAAGUCCAGCCUGCAGGUUUCCCAUGAGAAACCCCCGGACCCAGCGGCCGUGGCGCCAGCCAGGGAGGGGGCAGGCCCCUGGUCAGUCCUGCCAGGAGGGCAGCAGAGGCCCCAGAGUGAGAAGGACCCCCAAGCCAGCCCCAGUGCCCAAGAAUACGACAGAUGCCCCAACAGAGGGGCACAGCCAGACCCCAAAGGGGGACCCGCAGCCCUCUGCGGAGCCACCUUCAAACCGGUGCGAAAGAGCAAGACUCAUGACAGCGUGUCUGGAGCAGGCAGGGCCAUGGCUGCCACAGGGCAGUUGGUGGGCAGUGCAAGCUUCCCGGGCUCCCCGGGCAGCCGGCGCAUGAUCGACUACCGCCACUUUGUGCCCCAGAUGCCCUUCGUGCCGGCUGUGGCCAAGAGCAUCCCCAGGAAGAGGAUUUCCCUGAAAAGGCCCAAGAAGUGCUUUCGGAACCUAUUCCACAUUCGCAGAAACAAGACUGAGGAACUGGCCUCGCUGGCGGCUGAGGGGAAAGGUCUGCCCUCUCCAGGGGACCCAUCAGACCGGGGCCGGCAAAGCAAAGCCUUCCUCCCCCCAGGAGGGCCGGGGCUGGACAGCCUGUGCCAGGACCUGUCGGACAGCGAGCUCCUAGCCGAUGCAUCCUUUGGUCUAUGCAGGGCCCUGUGUGAGGACGUGGCCUCACUGCAGAGCUUUGACUCGCUCACGGGUUGUGGGGAGGUCUUUGCGGAUGAUAGCUCGGUGCCAUCCCUGGAGCUGAAUGAGGGCCUGGAGAGCCCAACCCAGGCAGCUCAGGGCCUGGAGAGCAAGGUUCCCAGGGGCCCCCUCCAAGGCAGUGUGGAGCAGCUGGCCUCGCCCGCGCAGAACGAAGCAUCUGACUUCACCAGGUUCUGGGACAGUGUGAAUCGCUCAGUGCGGCAGCAGCAGCGUGCCCUGCUAGGCCCAUGGCUUUCGGGCCCCCAGGGCACAGACAGGGACCAAUCCCGGCUGGACACAGCUGGGCUCCCUGAACUGCCCCUCUGCCCCUGCAGGGACCCUCGCAGCGGCUCCAAAGCCAGCUCCAUCGACACAGGCACCCCCAAGAGUGAGCAGCCCGAAUCCGUGUCCACGAGUGACGAGGGCUACUAUGAUUCCUUCUCGCCAGGACUUGAGGAGGACAAGAAGGAAGCUGAGAGCCCAGGCACUCCCGCCGCCACCUUCCCACGGGACAGCUACAGUGGGGACGCCCUCUACGAGCUCUUCCAUGACCCCAGUGAGGGUCCUGUUGGCCCCAGCCCAGAUGAUGACCUGUGCGUGUCUGAGAGUCUGUCAGGGCCGGCCCUGGGGACGCCACUGUCCAUGUGCAGCUUCCGAGUGGGGGCCGAGGAGAACUUGGCCCCAGCACCAGGCCCCGACCUGCUCAGCCAGGGCUUCCUACAGAGCUCCUGGAAGGGCAAGGAGUGCCUGCUGAAGCUGUGUGACACUGAGCUCGCCAUCACCAUGGGCAUCGUCAGCUGGCUGCGUCGAGGCCCCACGCCCCGUGCCCCACCCACCCCUGGGCAGCCUGCAGCUCCAUCUGGUCCCCAGGGAGCCCCCAGGGCGCCCACAGAGAAGUUGGGGGGCAGGGAGGGCCUGGCCUCAGAUGCAGGCGGGGCAACAGUUUGCUCAGCACCCAGCAGGCAGGAGCUGUGGGCACACACGGGCACCACAGACCUGCUUGCCGGAGAGAGCAAGGCCCUCGGGGUGGCCACACAGGGGACUGGCACACUGUCCAGGGAUGCCUCUCGAGAGGAAGGGUCACGAGGUCACUCUGAAGACUUGUUUUCCUCUGUGGAGUCUGCAGCCACUUCGACAACAGAUACUUCCAGUGAAAACAAGGCCCCAAUCCCUUCUGCCUGGCCCUGCUCCCAGAAGGAGCCUGGGCCACCAGGCGUCCUGGGGUGUUUCCGAGGCCCCUGGAGGCCAGGUCACGGGGCUGGCACUCUAGAUGCAGAGCCCAUGCUGGCAGGCUGUGUGGCCCGUGCGGCAGCCCUGAAGAUCAGCUCAAACGACCAGCCCCCGGCCGCAUGGCCUCCAAGGCAAGACGUGGGCAGUGGGCUCUUUGGGCAGCGCCGGGCCAGGGGCCCCGACAUUCUGGAGCAGAAACAGUCCAGCGGCUCCCCCAGCAUGACCACUGUCCAUGGCCUACCCUACUCGGCCAGCACACCGGACCAGAGGUGUCGAGAUCAUGUCCAGGACCUGAGCUGGCUCAGGGUGGAGCCCCCCGGGCUGGGUGUCCAGGCCUGGGCCUCUGUGGAGGACCCGGCCCUGCAGCUCAGCACGGCGGCUGUGGAGCAGGUGGCAUACAGCAGAAAGCUGGACUCUGAGCCCCCAUCAGCCCCUGCUGCCCAGUGGAGUCCCCAGGGCCACCAUCCAGAAAGCCUGGGCCUCACUUUGAACUGCCAGCGGGAAGGGGGGGUCUCUGCAAGUGCCCCAGAAUGCCGCUGCAGCCUCCUGGCCCGUGAGGGCCUCCUCUGUGGCCCGCCAGAAGUGGGGGCCUCCAGGCCAGCCGUGGCGGAGCCCCAUCUGUAGGACAGGCUCACAGGCACCAGGAGCUGCAUGUGUCUUCGUGACCGCUUUCAGGAGAGCCUAGGACUCAAGUCUCUAUCUUUUGUCCCUGAUGUGGGGACUGUGUUGGGGGGAGGGGGUGGCAGGACUCAGGCAUGCGGAGGGUAGCAUGUUCAUGGGGAGGCAUCCUUGCCUGAACCCACCAGCCCAGGCAGCCCGCCGCCCCACCACCAAAGAGAGCGUGAAGCUGCGGCUGCCUUGCCGCUCCUCAUACAGGGGGCUGGGGAGGGGCGGGGCUUGAAACCGAUGGGAAAAAAGAGCUGCACCUUGUACAUGGGAAGCAGAGAGCCAAUGAGUCUGCCUGGGGAUUGUGUGGGAAUCCCGAAAGACACAGUCCCAAAUGCCAUAGUCCCAAGCGUUGAGAAUCCAAAAUAUUAAAAUUACUCUAAAAUCCAAAAAUCACAAUCCCAAAAUAUCUAAAUCCUGGAAAUAUAAUUCUGGGAAUUUUUUUUUUAAUUUUUUAAAAGAUAUUUACAUUUUAAAAGGAUUUGAGAAACAGAAAAACAACAGAACACAUCAUUAGCCACUUUACACAAUAAAAUAGGCAAUAAUACAUAUUUUUGCAAGCAUAAACACUCAGGUAAAUACUAAUGACAGUUACACAGGUGUGAGUUAUUAGCAGACAAACUAUAUUCAUAAACAAGUCAAAAUGGGAAAUGUAUACAUGCACGUCACUAUGCUUGGUAAUUGCGUGCACCCGGCUUGAUAUCUGCAGUCACGUCAUGACCAGCAACCCGUCUUUUGAUGAAGUCAGUCUACGAUGCGUCACCACCACACACGCAGUUGCCCAAAGAGCGGAGAUGGCAAGAACUUUCAUCUCUCACAAACACAGAUGUACAAAAAUUACAUCCCUUCAUGUAUGGAGGAAGUUUUGAUGUUUUUACACACAGGCACAACGCUUACACACACAGUCAACCUGGGAUGCCGGCAGGGUGGCUCAGGACGAAAGCUUCAGGACCCAGGAGGGCCACGGGUGUAAGUCCCAGAGUCCAAAGGCCAGCGAGCCUGGAGCUCUGAUGUCAAGGCAGUGGAAGAAAAGGCUGUCCCGGCUCUGAGAGAGACCAGUUCGCCUUCUGUAUUUGUUCCCUCUGGGCCUCAGCAGAUCGAAUGCUGCCCACCAACAUUGAGGGUGGAUCUUCCCCACCUAGGCCCCUCAGACUCACAUACUCAUCUCUGAAAACACCUCACAGCCAUGCCCAAAAUAACGACCUCUAGGUAUCCUUAACCCAGUCAAGUCCACACCCAAAAGAAGUCCGCAGGUCCACCCCUUGUCAACCUGGCAUCCAUCUGCAUCCCCUUCAACCAUUCUCAGUCUCCAAAUAAAGCCCUAAGCAAGGUCGUAGCUCCACCCAACAUGAUGCCGCUAUCCCGGGAUUGUGAUUUUCAAAACUUUAGAUGUCAGGGAUUUGAAACUUUAGAGAUUUGUGUCUUUCACUAUUUCAAUGUUGGGGACCAGUGCUUGGGAUUGUAUCUUUCAGAAUAAUGAUCCACACUUGUGUGAGGACUGCGAGGCUCAGGAUGGGAGACAGAUGGGGGAGCCGACCUUAGGAGGGCCCACUGAACCAGCCUCAGUCUGGCCCCAGUCUGGCCUACUUGCUGCCCCAGGAUGGGUGGCUACAACCUGCUGAGGGCCUGAAGGGCGCUCCUCAGGAACACUGUAUUACCCUGUUUUGUGUUGCUAUAAAGGAUAACUGUGACCAGGUCAUUUAUAAAGAAGUUUAUUUGGCUUAUGAUUCUGCAGGCUGUACAGGUAUGGCACCAGCAUCUGCUGCUUUUUUUUGUUUUUUCUUUCUUUUUUUGAGACAGGGUCUCACUUUGUCGCCCAGGUGGGAAUGGGAGUGCAGUGGCACGGCCUUGGCUCACUGCAGCCUCUACCUCCUGGGCUCAAGCAAUCCUCCCAUCUCAGCCUCCCAAGUAGCUGGGACUAUAGGCGUGUGCCACCAUGCCCGGCUAAUUUUUCUAUUUUUUUUGUAGAGACGGGUUUUCACCAUGUUGGUCAGGCUGCUCUCAAAUUCCUCAGCUAAAACGAUCCAUGCGUCUCAGCUUCCCAAAGUGCUGGAUUACAGGCGUGAGCCAGCCAGCAUCAUGCAUCCCUGUGCAGCCCUGCCAGGGCUGGCUGGACCCUCCUACCCUUGUUGAUGGGCAGUGCUGGAUUGUCACGAGUCAUCCCCUACAAACAAUGAUUUCCCUCCACUUGCACUCUCUAACUAGAGCCAUGGAUGGCCAAAUGCUCUUUGGGAAGAAGCCAAUGGAUUCUCCUCAGCUCUGCCUGCAAGUAAAAAGCCUUUUGACUCCACCCCCUCCACGCUGUCAGAUUGCCAUUCCCCUUCAGGUAAACUUCGAAUGGGGAUGUGGACCUCACUCCCCAAAAUGUCACAACAUACAUGCAGCACCCCAACAUUCAGAACCAUGAAGGGCGAAGGUGGCUGAUGUCUGUAGGAGGGACAGGUGUCCGUCCUGGCCCAGUGUCAGGCCAGCAGGUGCAGGGACAGAUGGGCCAUCCACAUUCUCCAGGAUUAGCUUCUACCUCAACCAGCACAUCUCAGCAAGAUGCCAGGAUGGGGCUCCACAGGCAGCCGUGAAAUGGGUUUCUGGAGGAAAGACCAGCACAAGAAAAGGGGUCAGUCAGGUCGCAGGCAAACUGCUAGGGAAAUCCCAUCUCAUGCAGGGCUCCCACCAAGAGGAGCGUGCGUUGUGCUGCCCUGGCUCAAGAAGAAGGCAGCACGGGAUCUGCAGCUGAGGGUGGCCCUCCCACCAGGGGACGCUGAUCCGUGCCUCUCCUGACUGCCUGACGCUUGGUCUCUGGUGGCCCUCUCUCACAGGGCUCCCUGAGGCCUGCAGCGAACGGGGCACAGGCUGCACGUCACAGGUUCCAAAGUGUGCAGCAACUUCUGACCAGGCCCAUCCAGACCUGGAGCCCCUGUGGAGCCACAUCUGAGCCCUCGUCCCGAGACUCAUACACAGGACCACAGCAGCAUCACCGAGCCAGGCCGGGGGCCCAGAUCUGCCUACCUAAUCCUUGCAUCAACCGCAGUGCAGUUGUCAGCCCCGUUUUUCAGACCUGGACACGGAGGCACAGGGUGCUGGUAUGACUUGCCCACAGUUAGUGUGUGAGGUGAUGGGUUUUGUCCCCUCCCAGCUCCAAAGACCCUGCUCUUCCUCAGGCUCCAGAACCUCUCACUGAGCUCCUGCAGGGAAGUCCCCACUCAGAGCCCUCAGCCCUUCCUGCUUUCAGGCUGCAGAUGUCAGAGCACCCUUGGGUGCCAGCCACAAGUGCUCCUCUGGCAGGCUGAGCCCCCAGCAGGAGGCUGCCCUGACUCAACCCCAGCCCGGGGCUUUGUGCUGCCCCUGAGGGAGUAAAUCCUUGUUGAAAGAA